AUGAUCGCGCGAUCGGCACUGUCGCGGGCCAACCCGCGACCGACAACGCUCCUUCCCGGCGCCCUCGCAGCUUCCCUUACCGCCGCUGCCGCCAAGAAUCAGGCCACUGCACGCCCCAGACCCCUCCGGUGCAUGCUGCCGGCGCAUCAUUGCCAUCGCUACAGGAUGCUCUCCACCACCACCGCCGCCGCCGCCGCCGCCGCCGUCGUCACGCUCCCGCGCCUCCCCAUUCUCGAGGCCGUGGCCGCCCACGACCCCGCCUCCACCGCCGUCGUCCACGCCCUAUCGGGCCGCCGCUUCACCUAUGGCGAGCUCCUCGGCGACGUCAGCCGCGCACGGGAGCGCCUGCGCGAGGCGGUCGGCGGGAAGCCUCUUGCCGGCGAGCGCGUCGCCUUUUUGAUUGAAAAUAGCUACGACUAUGUCGUCAUGUUCCUAGCCGUCUUGGCUGCUCGCGCCAUUGCCGUGCCCCUCUCGCCGCCGUUUCCCGUCCCAGAGCUGCAGUACAUUCUCGAUCAGAGCGCCGCCUCGGUCCUCGUCGCCUCGCCCAAGUUUGCCGCCAAGGCCACCGAGGUGCUCGCGACAGACCUGAAGCAAAAGCCGGUGUACUUUGAGCUUCCCAAGCAUACGGGCGGCGGCGGCGCCACCGAGGCCGUGGCGUUGGCGGACGAAGACGUAUCCGGUGCUGGCCUGAUGUUGUAUACUUCAGGCACCACCAACCGACCAAAAGGCGUAUUGCUGCCCGAAGAAGUGCUUACGGCGCAAUGUCGCUCUCUCCACCAAGCAUGGCAGUACUCGUCCGCCGAUCAUCUCCUCCAUGUCCUGCCCCUCCAUCACAUCCACGGCACCGUCAACGCGGUUCUGACGCCUCUAUUCGCCGGGUCCUCCAUCGAGUUCAUGUUUCCCUUCAACGCCGACGCCGUCUGGAAGCGCUUCGCCGCACCCUUUCUCCCCACCAACGGCACCACCAGUAGUACCACGCCCCCCGUCACCUUCUUCACUGUCGUACCUACCGUCUACAGCCGCCUCCUCGCCAGCCACAAGGCCCUCUCCCCCGCCAUGCAGGCCGCCACGCGCGAGGCCCUCGCCCCGCGGCACCUCCGCGUCAACAUCUCCGGGUCCGCCGCGCUUCCGACCCCCGUCAAGGCUGCCUGGGCCGCCCUCAGCGGUGGCAAUGUGCUCCUCGAGCGCUACGGCAUGACCGAGGUCGGCAUGGCCCUCAGCUGCGGCCUCGCCUUUGCCGACCGCGUCGACGCCAGCGUCGGCUGGCCCCUGCCUUCCGUCGAGGCUCGCCUCGUCGACAUGGAUACGGGCGCUGUCAUCGAACCCGGCUCCGACGUCGAUGCCCACGGCCGCGAGCGCCCCGGUGAGAUCCAGCUCCGCGGGCCCACCGUCUUCCGCGAGUACUGGCGCAACCCCGACGCCACCGCCAAGGAAUUCGUCAACGACGACGGCGACGGCCGCGGCAAGUGGUUCAAGACGGGCGACGUUGCCGUGCGCCGCCGCGUCGACACCGCCGGCCACAGCAGCGCCACCACGCAGCAUCAGAGCUGGGCGCGGGGACCCAUGUACUUUAUCCUGGGCCGCAAGACAGCCGACAUCAUCAAGACGGGCGGCGAAAAAGUCAGCGCUCUCGAAGUCGAGCGCGAGCUGCUCUCGCUGCCCGAGGUCGCCGAGGCCGCCGUCGUCGCCGUCCCCAGCGGCAGCUGGGGCCAAAAGGUCGGCGCCGUCGUCAUCCUCGAUCCAGAGCACGCCACCCGGUGGACGCCCCUCGAGAUGCGCCGCGCCCUCAAAAGCAGGCUCGCUGCCUACAAGAUCCCCCAGGUCAUGAAGAUCGUCGACCACAUUCCCCGCAACGCCAUGGGCAAGAUAAACAAGAAGCAGCUCGUCAAGGCCGUCUUUGUCGACGAAACGAGUGGCGACGAACUGUAG